AUGUCUGACCGCCACCCUGCUCCGCCCUCGCCCCCUCCUCCACAACAUCGCCGUCGCUCUUCGUUUGUUGAUAUGUUCAACCCGCGGUCAAGCUCCUCCCCUUCUGCCAUGUCCUCGUCUCCUCCGUCUUCGGGUGUCCCCUCCACUCCCACUGUGCCACAACACCGAAGAGGCACCUCAAUUACCGCUCUAGGCCUCACUACAAACCCCUCCAACCAGACCCCUCUCAAUGCCUUUGGACUUCAACGACGAGCGAGUGUUGCCACCUCAUCCGUAUCAAGCUCUCCAGAUUUCAAAAACAGUUUCGGGGAUGAGCCUGCAGUUAUUGAGGAGGAUGACCCAUCGCGGGCUACCUUACACCCUCCCUCUUCGCCAUCUUUUGCCAGACGGGUCAGUUUCGGAGCACAAGCUUUAAGAGAUGUUAGACUAGGAGGGAGCCCUGGUGCUUCUGGCGGUGGUAGGCGCCCCUCCUCCUCCCUUUUUACACUGAAUGAGAAUUCUGAAAAUGCCACUCCAUCACGUCGAGAUACGUCGGGGACGGCCAAGACUGCAGGAGAAGGCUUCAAUUGGUCCGAAGCCCUGCGUGACAGAACCCGACGCUCCCCGUCCUUUUCUUCCGGCAAUCCUUUUGGCCAAGGGGCCCCUCGUCCUCGCUCUGCAAGCAUCUCCAACCCUGAGCCGCCAAAGGAGAUCCCAAGGCCUGUUGAGGCGCCGAAUGCCAAACUGAUGAAGAAGCCAGAUGCCCUGGGCGAGAGAAUGUUACGUGGCGAUUUCAUGAUGGAUUGA